AUGAGCGACGAGGAGCUAAAAGCCGCCGGUUUGCCAACGCACAGAUUCAGCCUUGUUAUGGAAGAAACAGCGAACUAUGCCGUUGCCGAAUCGUCCGAAGCAUCCCUGCUGAAAUCGCUGACGUUCGCCGUCGCCAUGUCGUUCCACUCGAUCCUCGAGGGCUUCGCUCUCGGAGUUCAGAACACAACUGCGCGAAUCGUCACCCUUUUCAUCUCCCUCAUCCUACACAAGGGCGUCGAAGCGUUCAGUGUCGGGUUACAGAUCUCUAAGGGUAACAGUAACAAGCUCAAAGCAGUGAUCGCAACGAUACUUAUUUACGCGCUGAUGACUCCUCUCGGAUCCGGUUUGGGAACUCUGCUACAGGUAGAAUUUCAA